GAUAGCUCAUUACGCUUCACUACAAGUCAUAAUGUCAUAUCCAUUCUGUUUAGGGCUCGCGGUGUUUUGAAGCACGCCGUUGAAAACACUCAGCGCUCUAGUUAUCACAUCACUUCCUGUACUGAGUUUAGUAAUUUGACUUUCGGAUCUGUUCAGGCGACGGGAUCUGGUACCGUUCAGAAGCCCGAAUCUCUGGACUGCAGGCCUUGAUCCAGUUAAGAUCAUGGCAGACUUUUCGCUUGCUGAUGCUAUCCCGGAUGAUGUUUCUGGUGCAGCAUCUAAAACCAGCCACACCAAUCCAUCAGCUCCUGGGAAUGGGGCUCCGCCCCCUAACAAUCCCGGCUGGCCUGGUGCAGCCCCUGGUGGCCCUCAGUUCCCAUCCUCAGGAGGCACUGCCCACCCAUCUGCCCCUUCUGGCUUUCCCCCGACUGGGCCAUCUGCUCCUGGCCCUGGAGCCCCGGCCCAGUACCCUGGAGGCCCAGCCCAAUACCCUGGAGCCCCGCCCCAGUACCCUGGUGCCCCGCCCCAAUACCCUGGAGCCCCGGCCCAGUACCCUGGGGCCCCGCCCCAGUACCCUGGAGCCCCAGCUGCCCCAGCUGGAUACCCUCCAGGUCCGGGUGUACCUGGACAGUUCCCCUCAAACCCUGGGGCUCCUGGACAGUUUCCUUCCAACCCUGGAGCUCCAGGACAGUUUCCUUCCAUGCCAGGUCAGUUCCCACCAGGUGGGGCACCCAUGCAAUACCCUGUUCCUGGACAGUUUCCCUCCACACCUGGAGCGCCACAGGGCCAGUAUCCAAAUGUGCCUUACCCAUCAGGUCCUGCGGGGCCUAGCAUGUAUGGUCCAGGUGCUCCUGGAGGCUUUCCCCCAGAUGGAGGCCCAGGAUAUGCAGGAGGAAUGUUUCCCCCAAUCCCCCAAGGGUCCUGGGGUCCAGCCGCAGGGGGCUUCCCACCCCAGCCUGGCCCGCCGGGAGGUUACGGUCCAGGGCCCAUGGGACAAUACGGUGGUCCCGCAGCUCCAGGUGGAAUGCUGCCAGUGCCCUAUGAUCUUCAGCUGCAUGCAGGGAUAAUGCCACAACUCGUGAUUACUAUAGUGGGUGAGCCAAUACCAGGAGGAGACAGGUUCAAUGUAGAUUUUAUGAGGGGCAGUGAAGUGGUUUUUCAUUUUAACGCUCGUUUCCAUGAACACACCAUUGUGCGGAACUCACAGCUUGGGGGUUGCUGGGGUCCAGAGGAGAGGGAGGGAGGCUUUCCCUUUGUCCAAGGCAGGCCGUUUGAGCUAAAAAUCCUAGUAGAGACUGAUGGGUUUAAGGUGGCUGUGGACGGCGGUCACCUGCUGGAGUACGAGCACAGAACUGGUGGAUUCGAGGAUGUCACUCGUCUUCACAUUGGUGGAGACAUCGCCCUAUUCAGUGCGGCCCCGAGCAUGAUCUAACACAAACAGGGCCUUAGUGUGAUUCGACAACGUGAGGGUGAUACAUGAAGUCAUAAUUGCUUGAAAAUAAUUAUCUGACAAAAGUGGACAAAACAUAAUCAGAAAUUUAGAAGUUAUUAACACCCCGGCACAUAGAUUUAUGCACAAAAAUGUUCAUCAAGUGCAUAAGAAUGUUCAUAUAACAUCUCAUUAUAAUGGUAGACAACCAAAGUCUGUGAAUAAAUGAGGUCAGGAAGCACCGGACCAGAGCUGUGACACUGUGCUGAAUUCUAAAUGGCUGAAGUAUUUCUUUAUUUGGGAUAAAUAUUUGAAAAUGUUUAUUUUGAAUAAAAUCUUGUUAUUAUAA